AUGAAAGUGAGGAAAUGUGUUUUUCUAUGCCUCUGGUGGGCCCUUUCAACACCCUUCAUUGUUUUAUCACAGCAAAUUCCAUUUAAAGACCACACAUCACGACAGUAUUUUGCCGUAGAGAGUAACGAAACACUCUCUCGCUUGGAAGAAAUGCACCCAACUUGGCAAUACGAACAUGAUGUUCGAGGACUGUCCAACCAUUAUGUUUUUUCUAAAGGGUUACUGAAGUUGGGUAAAAGAUCCUCACUAGAAGAUUUACAAGAGGACAGCGAUGACCACAUAUUAUCAGUUCAUGAUUUAUCUCUACGUAACGACUUAUUUAAGAGGCUACCUGUACCCGCUCCUCCUAUGGACUCGAGCCUUUUACCGGUAAAAGAAGCUGAAGAUAGACUCAGCAUCAACGAUCCGCUUUUUGAAAGACAGUGGCAUUUAGUCAAUCCAAGCUUCCCCGGAAAUGAUAUGAACGUACUGAAGUUGUGGUACAACAACAUUACAGGUGCUGGAGUCGUGGCCGCCAUUGUAGACGAUGGUCUUGACUACGAAAAUGAGGACCUGAAAGAUAAUUUCUGUGCCGAAGGCUCGUGGGACUUCAAUGAUAAUACUAAUUUACCAAAGCCGAGACUGUCAGACGAUUAUCAUGGUACAAGAUGUGCAGGUGAAAUUGCCGCUAAAAAGGGUAACAAUUUCUGUGGUGUUGGGGUAGGCUAUAAUGCCAAAAUAUCAGGUAUAAGGAUAUUAUCCGGUGACAUCACCACAGAAGACGAAGCUGCUUCAUUGAUUUAUGGCCUGGAUACAAACGACAUAUAUUCCUGCUCAUGGGGUCCCGCUGAUGAUGGGAGACACUUACAGGGCCCUAAUGAUUUAGUGAAAAAGGCGUUAGUGAAGGGUGUUACUCAGGGAAGAGAUUCCAAGGGAGCGAUUUACGUUUUUGCCAGUGGGAAUGGUGGUGCUCGCGGUGAUAACUGUAAUUACGACGGUUAUACUAACUCCAUAUAUUCCAUUACUAUUGGUGCUAUUGACCACAAAGAUCUACAUCCCCCUUAUUCGGAAGGUUGUUCUGCUGUUAUGGUAGUUACAUAUUCUUCGGGCUCAGGCGAAUAUAUUCAUUCAAGUGAUAUCAAUGGCGGAUGUAGUAAUACUCAUGGCGGAACUUCUGCAGCAGCUCCCUUAGCAGCAGGUGUUUAUACUUUGUUACUAGAAGCAAAUCCGAGCUUAACGUGGAGAGAUGUGCAAUAUUUAUCGAUUUUAUCUGCUGUUGGAUUGGAAAAAAAUUCUGAUGGUGACUGGAAAGAUAGUGCCAUGGGGAAGAAAUACUCUCAUCGUUAUGGGUUUGGUAAAAUUGAUGCCUACAGGCUAAUUGAAAUGGCUAAGACGUGGCAGAAUGUCAAUCCGCAAACGUGGUUUUAUUUACCUACAUCUUAUGUUUCCCAGUCUACAAAUUCUACAGAAGAUACCUUAGAAUCUGUAAUAAACAUAUCGGAAAAGAGCCUUAAUGAGGCCAAUUUUAAGAGAGUUGAACAUGUAACGGUCACUGUGGAUAUUGGUACAGAAGUUAGAGGUACUACGACUAUUGAUUUAAUUUCACCAAUGGGAAUAGUCUCAAAUAUUGGCGUUGUGAGGCCGAGGGAUGAUUCAUCUGAGGGAUUCAAAGAUUGGGCAUUCAUGUCUGUCGCACACUGGGGCGAGAGCGGUGUAGGCGAUUGGAAAAUCAAGGUUAGAACAACAGAAAAUGGACAUAAGGUUGACUUCCACAGUUGGAGACUAAAACUUUUUGGAGAAUCUAUUGACCCAUCUAAAACAGAAACAUUUGUUUUUGGCAAUGACAAAGAGGAGGUGGAACCAACUACUACAGAAGAGACUGCAUUAGCAUAUUCCUCCAGCGCAAAUUCCAUCUCCAUUAGCACAACUUCUAUUCCUAUCGGCACAACAUCCAUUUCCACUACAUUACCUGGCGUAGAAACCUCGAUUGCCGCUCAAAGUACCACUGCAGAUCCUGAUUCCGAUCCAAACACUCCAACAAAACUAUCCUCUCCAAGGCAAGCUAUGCAUUACUUUUUAACCAUAUUUUUAAUCGGUGCUAUAUUUUUGGUAUUAUACUUCAUGUUUUUCAUGAAAUCAAGAAGAAGAAUCAGGAGAUCAAGAGCAGAAACAUACGAAUUUGAUAUCAUUGACACUGAUUCCGAAUAUGAUUCUACAUUAGAUAACGGCACUCCCGGAAUUACAGAAGCUGGGGAAGUUGAAGACUUUGAUUUCGAUCUUUCAGAUGAGGACCAUAUUGCAAGCUUGUCUUCAUCAGAGAAUGGCGACGCCGAACAUAGGAUUGAUAGCAUUCUCACCAAUGAAAACCCAUUCAGUGACCCUAUAGUGCAAGAAUCUUCGAAAGACAGUAGCGAGGAAACUGAUUUCAAUGGAGUACAAAAACCACUGCCAGGAGUACCUCCAUCUUCCGAACAGUCAUAA